UUAAUCACUGAUAUCCAUCUGGCAACGUCAAAUACACAAAGCAAACGUGAGCUCCAUCCAAAACAAAAAUUUGCAGAAGCUUGAGAAAAAGGAUUUUAGUUGUGGCAGACAAAAGAUUCUUUGUUUUGUUUAUCGAAGAUAGUAAAAGGAAAGUGUUGUGAUACAGAGGACCAAACACAGGACAUUCACUUCGAAAGCAGUACUGUCUGGCUAAACAUCUCGCGUGAAGAGUCGCUGUGAUUAUUUGCUACCACGAUGAAUAAACGCAAUAAUAUUCGUUUACCCCCAGAAGUUAAUCGUCUGCUAUACGUACGCAAUUUACCUUACAAAAUUACAUCGGAUGAAAUGUAUGACAUUUUUGGAAAAUUUGGUGCCAUUCGACAAAUUAGAGUUGGUAACACUCCUGAGACGAGAGGAACGGCCUUUGUUGUCUACGAAGAUAUUUUUGACGCCAAGAACGCCUGUGACCAUUUAUCUGGAUUUAACGUCUGUAAUCGCUAUCUUGUUGUCUUGUAUUACCAAUCGAAUAAGGCCUUUAAACGACUCGAUGUGGAUAAAAAGCAAGAAGAACUCAAUAAUAUAAAAUCGAAAUAUAAUCUAAAGACACCAGAGGCGCCUUAAGAUUGUGGCAGUGAAUUGCGGUGAUCUUAAUAACUCAAUUCAACAAAAUCAUUAACAUUUUUGAUUUAUUAAGCUUAACAUUGUAAUUCGUGAACACUGAUUUCUUCAAAAUAUGAAAAUUAAUUUAUGAUUGAAACACUAA